UCACACUUUCUUUCCUCUCCUGUCUUCCUCCGCUUGCAGCUUCAGACAUUUGGGGAAUCCUCAAACAAGUUGUUACUGCAAAGAAGCAUUGCCAGCUUCUAUUAGCAAGCCCUGUCUGAAUGAGCGGAGAAGAGAGAACGUGUCCCUGCUCCUUCACUUUCUGUCUUUUGUUGAGGACACUGACUGCGCUGGUUGGACAACGUGAGACACACUUGGUGACUAUGGCAUUGUAAAGCCCUACACACUGGAUGUACACUCGACUCGCUGAUGGAAGUUGUGCUGCCGGACUGAUCGGAGAGUCAGAUCGCAGGGACACUCACCGCUGGGGAGUGGCAGAAACCUCACUGUCGUCGCCCACAGGCUCCGCCCCCAUGGACCUGCGUAUAGGCGACCGUAUGGUGCGUCCGGUUUCGGACACAGCUAUCCUGUCCCCUCUGCACCCCCCUCUGCUGCUCAGUCCCUUCAAUACGCAGCACUGUUCCCAGUACAGCCAGUCACAGAUGCAGCAUAUACAGUUUAACAUGGAGCAGCGUCUACGAGACCAGGAGCAAGCGAAACAACAGUUACAACAACUCAAACACAAGGACAAAAGCCAACAGAGUGCGGUGGCCAGUGCGGUGGUGAAGCAGAAGCUGGCAGAGGUGAUUCUGAAGAAACAGAAGCAGGCGGUGCUGGAUAGAACCAACUCCAAUCCUCUCAGCACCCCAUCAGUCCCUUACCGGGAGUUGGUUCCAGAUCCCAGCACCACCCUACAACCGCUUCUGUCCUCUCCGAAAUCGUCUCUCAGUGAAGCAGCCGACGAGCCGCCGCUGAGACGAGCAACUUCAGAGCCCAACCUGAAGGUAAAGCAUAAAUUAAAAAAGCACCUGAACACCCGUAAGAGCCCGCUGACCCGCAAAGAGAGCGCCCCGCCCACCGUUAAACACCGGGUGCCUGACACGCUGGAUUCGUCCCCCAGCAGCAGUAGUACACCAGUAUCCGGCUGCAGCUCUCCAAACGACAGUCUACCCAAUGAGAAUGGUGUGCUGCCCCCUAGUGCCAGCCUAUCACACGAGGCUCAGAGGUUGCUGUUGCAGGAUGGGUCUUUAGCUCACUUCACGGUGCAAAAUCCAUCCUGUCUCCCAACCAUCACACUGGGACUCCCUGCCAAUGCGAGGGAAAGUGAGCUGAGUUCAUUCAAGUUUUGUCGAGUGCCGGUGGUUCCAGGCAGUUCUCCAGUGCUGGUUCCUCUGGGUGUGGAAGAGCAAACUGGGCCCCUCAUGCAGCCUGUCAUCAUUCUGGAGGCCUCUGGACUCGUACAUCCCCCCUUACUGGCAGUUCCAGGUCUGGGUCCGGUUCCACUGCAUUUCAGCGCGUCUGGUCCUCAUAAACCGCUGAGCCGCACACGCUCAGAGCCUCUGCCGCAGAGCCCUCGCGCCCUCCACCCUCACCUGCUCCAGCAACACCACAGCGCCCAGCUACUGGAUAGACUCAAACAGCAGACUCACCUCGGCAAGCUCAUGUCAAAGUCCAGUGAGAAGCCACGUCUUAGGCAAAUCCCCUCAGAGGACAUGGAUUCAGAGGAGGUGGGGCCAUCGGUUGGCGACGCCCAUCAGAGCAGGUUGAGGACGGAAUCACAGCGAGAGCUGGAGAGUCAAGAGGAUCACAUUAACUUACAACACACCCUCAUCCUCAACCAGUCACGUCUGUGGGAGACGCAGAAACAACUGCAGCACCUGCGCAGGCAGACAGCCCACAUGGAGACGCUGGCUGUACCCAUGGUGCUCGGCGGCGCACAUCGUCCCCUCUCACGCACUCAAUCAUCUCCAGCCUCCACCUCGCUGACGCUGCCGGAUAAACUCUUACCUCUUACCACGGCAACAGAGCCGCCGCAGAGCCAACCCCGCUUCACUACAGGGCUGGUGUACGAUUCUCAAAUGCUGAAGCAUCAGUGCACAUGUGGAGACAACAGUAGUCACCCAGAGCAUGCUGGGAGAAUCCAGAGCAUCUGGUCACGCUUGCAGGAGCGAGGCCUCCGAGGCCAGUGUGAGAGUAUUCGAGGCAGAAAGGCGACCCUAGAGGAACUUCAGUCUGUCCACACGGAACGUCACGUUCUGCUUUACGGCACCAACCCUCUGAACCGCCUCAAACUGGACAACCGCAAACUGGCCGGCAUACUGUCACAGCGGAUGUUUGUCAUGCUGCCCUGCGGGGGAGUGGGGGUGGACAACGACACCAUCUGGAAUGAGAUGCACACCUCCACAGCGUCUCGCAUGGCAGCCGGGAGCGUGACAGAGUUGGCAUUCAGGGUGGCUAAAGGAGAGCUCAAGAAUGGCUUUGCUGUGGUCAGGCCUCCAGGACAUCACGCAGACCCGUCAAACCCCAUGGGUUUCUGUUUCUUCAACUCGGUGGCGAUCGCUGCUAAACAGCUCCAGCAGAAGCUCAGUGUCAGUAAAAUCCUCAUCGUUGAUUGGGAUGUGCACCAUGGCAACGGCACCCAGGAAAUAUUCUACAACGACCCCAACGUUCUCUACAUCUCUUUACAUCGUUAUGACAACGGAAACUUCUUCCCUGGGAGUGGAGGUCCGGCAGAGGCGGGCUCUGGAUCUGGAGAGGGUUUCAAUGUUAAUGUGGCAUGGACCGGUGGUCUGGAGCCCCCCAUGGGUGAUGCAGAGUAUGUGGCAGCGUUCAGGACGGUGGUGAUGCCCAUUGCUCAAGAGUUCUCGCCGGACGUCGUGUUGGUGUCUUCAGGUUUUGAUGCCGCAGAAGGACACUCUACUCCUUUAGGAGGAUACAAAGUCACCGCUAAAUGUUUCGGGUUUUUGACCCGGCAGUUGAUGACGUUAGCAGGAGGACGCGUGGUUCUAGCAUUAGAGGGAGGUCACGACCUCACGGCCAUAUGCGACGCUUCUGAGGCCUGCGUCAGUGCUCUGCUGGGGCUGGAGGAGCCUCUUGCUGAGUCUACUUUACUGCAGACGCCCAGUGCCAACGGAGUUCUUUCACUCCAGAGGGUUCUACAAAUACAGAGUCAGUAUUGGUCGUCACUAAAGCCGUUGAUGGGCACAGUGGGCAUGUCGUUUCUGGGUGCUCAGAGAAAAGACUGUGAGGAAACAGACACAGUGAAUGCGAUGGCGUCUCUGUCUGUGGGCGUCCUGGCCAGCAAGAGCCUUGCUGAUGAACCAAUGGAGCAUGAUGAUGAAGACUCCCUUUAAACCAGCUCUGAAAAACUGUCCAGGACCAAAUGGCACUUCACGAACGAGCCGUGCCUCAAGACCAGUUCUGCCUCAGGGGGGCGUGGCUUCCUCGUCACGGCCCCUCCCCGAGACGCCACCUCAACACUGACCACCAGCGCAGAGCGGCUACAACCAACAGCAACAUUGUGCUGCGGCUCUGGGAUACACAACAUCCUCUCCACUUAAGAACCGGACAAAGAAGAUACACUAGGAAGCAUGACGCCAGCUUUGUGUUUUAAACAUUCACAAGAAUGAGACCAAGAAUUCCAGUCCCUCGCAAUACUCACCUCUGGUGCCUCAAAAGAGACAGCUCACUGGGGCUGAAGAGGAAAAUAAGGAGAACGGUUGAGGUUUUUUUACCUUUCAAAGACAACCCACUUUACUACCCUUGACAAGCGAAGUAUUGAAGCGCUGAUAGAAAAUUAGGGGUUUCCUUGCACCUGGCAACCACAAAAUGGCUCCACUCUAUGAUGUCAUUACUAUUAACCACUAAAGAAGAAAAAAGGUCUGAUUUCGACAACUGUGGGGGGGGGUUAUUGUAAUUUUUGCACUGUGCAUUCCAUAAUGUGAACAUUUUUUCCAAACCUCUGGGAAAAGAAAGAUCUAGUUGUGUAUCAAGUCUUACGCUUAACAUUCGUUUUUUAACGAAUGAAGCAAGUGAAGCAAAAACAAAACAUUUGCUCUCAUGUCAAGUUCAGUGGCGUUCUAUCUGCAUUCCCAGCAUGACGGCUGUAAACUUGAAUACUUUGAGAUAUACGUCUGUGUACUGAUUUUGUAUUAAGCGUCGUGUUGUUUAAAGGCCAGAGGGACAAACCAGCUAUUAGAAAGUUUAUUGCACACAUCUAUCCCAAAACACACACACACAGUGUUUUUGUACACACAGACACAUCUGAUCGACCACUAUGCAUCAUAUCGAGGACACAGGGAGUGCUGAUCAUUCCCCAGACUAAAAGCUUAAGGUAGAUCAGUCUUUCUUUAGACCAAACUGUAGUUUUGCGUGUAUCUAGCAGUCAUAUUUUGUUCAUUCUCUAUUCACAAUCAAACAAAAUGACAUUUGAAUGGGCGGUCAAAGCCACUCGGAUCCUACAAAAUAUUUUUCAAACAAUGUUUUUGUGAUUUUUAUAAAAGCCUUAUAACCUGUGGAGGAGAUUGUCUCAAGUUGGUGCACAUUUAAUAAUUGUCUUUCAUUGCCGUGCACUGAACUUACAAAGUUUUUUUACUUUUACGAGGGAUGCAUUGUUUUUGGAUGGCGUUCUGUUUUCCACCGCGUGCGCAGAGACCUUUAAUUCACACCAGUUGUGCGGAUGAAGUUUAUAGUGGUUAAAUAUGUCUCUCAGUCGCUGGGAUUCACAUUUAUGCCAUCGUCAAUAUAAAAAUAUGAAUAUCACACUGACAGUUAACCAAAGCGAACAUACUUCUUCAAACCAUGCAGGUCACUGUUGAGCAUACACUGUGCCUCCAAUCCAACAGUUAAAAAAAAAACGUACCAUUUGUAAUAUUUAUUUGUUGUUUAUAAACAAAAAGUUAGCCAACAAAUGUCAGCUACAUUGUACAGUAGGUAGUCAACCAGAAUGCCUACUACCGCCGCGUUGAGUGCCGCCAAUGGGGAAGGGCGGCAGUUAAAAAACAUUUACAUGUGAAACUAGUUCGCGAAAUGUAGUAGUUGCGUAGUCCUGCCGGGCCAAAUCAACGAUAUUUGUAUUGUGAUCCAACAAGCUGUAAUGGUAUCUUAAAAUGCACGUCGAUUGUCUGGAAGGUUCGACCAACAACACGGUCCGUGGUGCUCGCUUGAUUUUUGCGUCGUGCUUUUGGUUGACGAACUUCCAGACGACUCGAGAGUCAGCCGUUGCCGGGCCCAGACGGAAUCUGCCCAUGCUUUUUGCAUUUUCUGUGCUACUUUUUGUGACGGUAAGACUGAGAGAACGACAUUGUAAUUGUUAGCUAAAUUAAAUUAAAUUGUAAAAAAUGUAAAAAAAGAAAACGUGGCAGGUUAUCUGUAAAACUUUAAGAACGAUGGUUCCAUUUCUGCACGUUUUUCAAGGGUUGAUUUUGUGUGGGCCUGGUAAGCAUUGUGCAAAUCUGUACAAAUAUUUUGCACGACUUACAUAUACAUCAAUGACCAAAUCUCAACGUUGAGUCGGUAUUAUUCUGUACAACCCUAUACCUCUGUCUCUACAACCAAAUACACCAAGACAGGCUAGUUUUAUGUUUUCUUGCAUUCACUAAAAGAAACGAUCACGACCUGACAAAUUGCUGUCAUUUCUGAUGUCUUAAACACAUUCAGAGGCAUUCCUUAUAUUUUUUAGGUUUGCAUUGUGCCUUUAAUCAGGCCAAAAACAUUCUCUACGCAAAUGCUUGCUGUGUGAUCUUGUGUACCUCAGUACACGAGGGGUCGUCAGUUACCUUCAGAUGUAUGAGAUUAUAAACAAAGUUCAACUUACAUAACAUUGCUUGAUCUCAAAGGUGCUAUUUUUUGCUGUAGCACCCCUAACGGUAACAUCGAGAAUGUAACGUGUGCGUGAUACGCAGCUUGCGUAGAGUAUGUUUUGGUCAUAGCGCUACAUUCCUAGUAAAAACCCACCGUUGUAAAUGCUCAGCAUUGCACCUGCCCGUACAAGCCGACUAACACAAGACUUUUCUGCCCUUAAUUGCCUUGCACCAAACCACUGUGGAUAGUUACGCGUUUGAUUCUGUGUUUAUAGUACCAUCACCCCAUGUAUCGUCAUUGUCAGUGUUUUAUGUUUAUGGGUGAGUUGAAGACCCUGGGCAGCCUUUGCCCACCAGACCCCCGUGAAGACUGUAGUCGUUCAUUGUUAAUGAAGUCAUAGCUAACCUCUCUGAACUACCGGCGAUCUCGCUGUGUAUUUAUACUGUAGUACUUCAAACAGUGCACUUGCUUUCACCAACAACAAAACAUGCCCGUUCACCUUCGACUGUUGGAAAAGAUUGACUCGCCGACCUGCUUACCGGCUAAAUUUGACAGCACUUAGUUACAGGCGGUUUGGACUGUGACUACAAGCAAACCUCGACAUUCCGUUUCAGUUCUGGAUGCCUUAUAUACGGUUAUAUUGUAAUGGUGUAUUCUUACAAUAGCUUUGUGCAUUUGUACUGUUUUGAUAUACCUCUCCAAGCCCUUGUAUUUUCUUGUCUCUCUAAACCCUUUAAUAAAUCAAAUGGAGAGCGUGGACUGUCACCACUCCUGUAAAAGUGUGCAGAGCGCAUGGUCAAAGUCUUAAUUCCUUUUAUUCCCACCAAACGCUUUUUUGUAUCGACAAUGUAAAUAGUUACAGUACCUACGACCAAAAGAUUUCUUUCGUGCCUUGAAGUUCUGACGUUCCCCACUAACCGGAUCAGCUUAACAGAGAAUAACAGAAAUUGCGUUUUCCAUUCUUCGUGUACUUAAUGAUUCCCUUGUUUAUUUCUGAUUUCUUUAUUUCUCUGUGUAUAGAAAAGAACGUCUAUUUUGUAUCGUUUCUGUCUUUCUAAUUAAAACGAAAGCAUUUUUUGUUUGUCUGAA